AUGGCUCUGAAUUACUGUUACUUAUUUAUUUCAGGUUCGUUUGCUUUAAAAACAUUUUUGAAAAAUCCAAAAAAUGUACAAGAAACUAUUCAAUCACAGAAUCUCUCCCUUAACUCUGAUGUUGUAGACUUAUUACUUAAUAAGAAAAUUCUUCUUCAGGGAAUACAGAAGGUUAUUGACAAAGGUUACAAAGAAUCUCACCAUUACUUAUGUGAAGGAGAUGGUUUUCGACACCUCUUUCGGUUAAGUAAUAGCACAAAAGCAAAAGUAAUUCAACAACAAAUCUGCAAUUUGGAUUCAGAUGAAUUAUCUAUCCUGUUUUCUGCAAUUAUAAAAGAAAUCAAUGGAACAGCCAUUUUUGUGGAGCUUUCCAAUAUCACUGCCAAACAUGUUGGAAGAAAACUAGUUUUUGAGAACUGGAAACAAGUAGUUAAAGAUGGAGAAGUAAUUUUUUUGAAAGCAACACAAUUAAACAGUCUCAACAUACUUGUGAAUCAAACUGAAUCAAGUUUAGAAAAUCUGAAAGAAAUUAUUGAUUUUGAUAAUGAAAAUAAUACUGUUAAACUCAUUCAAUUUGCUGUUUGUGGAAGGAAUACAUCUACUUUCUUUGAUCCUGAAACACAAGGUCCUGUUAGACAUAUUGAGGAAUUGAAAGAGCAAAUGAAAAAAGAUCGGGAAGGUUUUGGUCAAAAUAGAGCCGAAUAUGUAUAUAGUUAUGAUAAUACAACAACAUCAAAAUGUAAUGCAUUGUUUUCUUCUCUGGAACAAAAUGAGAUAACACGAAUGAUCUGGAAACAAGUUAAGCCAUUUGUAAGAGGAAAAAUUUUAUUUGCUCCUAAUAAUCCAGCUACCGAAAGGAUUAUGAAACGAGUUAACCAUUCUUUUAUUCCUAUCGAAUCUUUUCGUAAUCUAAGCAUUUUAUGGCUAGAAAAUUAUCAAUUUGUAUUGGCAAAAUUUAUGAAAGAUAACACUCCAAUUUUUAAGAUUUUGAAGAGUGCUACAUUCCAAGAAAAUUUUUUAUUAAAAAUAUUGCAAAAAUUAUCAUCAUCAUCAGAAAGUUGGACAAGCAUUCGUAUGCUUUCUUCAGUAGAAAAUUUGUAUUGGUUUCUUGAUACUAUUUUAGAGAGGUGGGAAGAAUGGCUGGAACAGUUUAAUAAAGUCAUUGAAGAAGUUAGAGAUUAUUUGGAGUGCUUUGAUUUAGAUCGAUUUGAAGGAUAUGAUACAGAAGAUGACAUUGUUACUAAAGGUCUUGAAUUGAUAAGUGAAAAUAAAUUGUGGGCAGGAAUUUUUUUUAUGAAUAUGGAAAGAAAAAAGGAUGAUACUUUGCCAGCUUAUAUUCGAUACAAAAUCAGAAUGGAUGCAAAUAAAGUUGAUAGUACAAAAAAAGUUGAAGAUAGACUUCCUCGUCCAGGGCCUAGACGUAGACCAGCUAUUGAUUUAAAAUAUCUAACUUAUGGAUUUGCAUUUUUGCAAGAUAUCAUAGAACAUUCAAUUAUUCAAGAGCAUACAGGUAGUAAUAGAAGUACAGGUGUUUAUUUGCAACAGUUUCCUUAUCCAUGUCACAUAUAUGAUCAGUUUAUUAUGGCAUUAUCUCGAUCAUUUCCAAUGUUUAUGGUGCUUUCGUGGGUAUAUACUUGUUCAAUGAUCAUUAAGAGUAUUGUUUAUGAAAAGGAACAACGAUUAAAGGAAGUGAUGAAAGCAAUGGGUUUGAGUAAUGGUGUUUUAUGGUUAGCAUGGUUUAUUAAAUCAUUUAUUUUGAUGGCAAUGAGCUGUGCCCUUUUGACUAUCAUAUUAGUAUAUGGGAACGUAUUGGAAAAUUCAGAUCCUGCCGUCGUCUAUCUAUUUCUUCUUUGUUACACCGUUGCUACUAUUAUGAAAGGAUUUUUAAUUAGUACAUUCUUUUCAAGAGCCAAUAUUGCUGCUGCUGCUGGAGGCCUUAUAUUUUUCAUUCUUUAUCUACCUUAUCCAUUUUUAGUAUUAUGGGAAGAAAGACUUAGUGUUCAUCAGAAAGCAGGAAGUAGUUUAUUAUCAAAUGUAGCAUUUGGUUUUGGAUGCAGUUACUUUGCUCAUUAUGAAGAAGAUGGUGUUGGAAUCAAUUGGUCCAAUUUCGCAACUAGUACAAUGUCUGGUGAUAAAUUUAGUUUAGCUCAUUGUAUGGGAAUGUUAAUAUUAGAUAGUAUAAUAUAUGGUAUUCUCACAUGGUAUAUAGAAGCAGUCUUCCCAGGCCAAUAUGGUGUGCCAAAACCAUGGUACUUUUUUAUUACUAAAUCUUAUUGGUGUGGAACAAUAAGAGCAUGUGAUAACCCAGAUUGUGAUGAAGAGAGACCAUAUAUAUCUUGUGGAUCAAAUUAUGAAGCUGAACCAACUGAUUUACCUCUGGGAGUAUCCAUUCGCAACCUCACUAAAAUAUAUGACAAUCAAAAAGUUGCAGUGGAUGAUCUCAGUCUCAAUUUUUAUGAAAAUCAAAUUACUUCAUUUUUGGGUCACAAUGGAGCAGGAAAAACUACUACGAUAUCAAUUUUGACUGGAAUGUUCCCACCUACUAAAGGAACUGCAAAAAUUUAUGGGGCUGAUAUUAGAACAGACAUUGAUAUUGUAAGAAGAAGUUUAGGGACAUGUCCUCAACAUAAUGUAUUAUUUGAUCAAUUAACAACUCAGGAACAUUUGUGGUUUUAUGCUCGUUUAAAAGGUGCAUCAGAAAAAGAUGUCAUGGAAGAAACUGAACAAAUGAUCAAUGAUACUAGAUUAAUGAGCAAGAAAAAUGAACUUUCAAAAAAUCUUUCUGGUGGGAUGCAGAGAAAAUUAUCAAUUGCAAUUGCCUUUGUUGGUGGAUCAAAAACAGUUAUUUUAGAUGAACCUACUGCUGGUGUAGAUCCUUAUGCACGAAGAUCAAUUUGGGAGUUACUUCUAAAAUACAAGAAAGGCCGUACUGUAAUUCUCACUACUCACCAUAUGGAUGAAGCUGAUUUGCUUGGUGAUCGUAUAGCUGUGAUUGCAAAUGGAAAGUUGCUUUGCUGUGGUUCAUCACUCUUUCUCAAAACAUGUUUUGGAAAUGGAUAUUAUUUAACUUUAGUAAAGGCUAAUGAUUACAUUGUGGGUGAUGGUGAUUUUAAAAACAACAGAUCAAUAUCUACAGAUAACGGAAGUAAAAUGUCUAAUGAAAAUGCUGAUGAAGGAGUCGCUGACAUGUCAACUAUUGAUUCAAGAUCUGAUUAUUCUGAUAGUACUGCUGUUGCUGAUGCUGCAUCCUCAACUUUUAUACCAUGGGGUGGCUUAUGCAUUGUUUCCAAAGUAACAGCAUUCAUUCAGUCUUUUGUGCCAGAUGCUCACUUGGUAGAAGAUGUCGGCACAGAAUUAUCAUACCUUCUUCCUUUGUCAGCUCAAAGAGAAGGAGUUUUAGAAAGACUCUUUGAGGCUCUAGAUUCAAAAUUGAAAGAUUUACAUAUUGCAAGUUAUGGAAUCUCAGAAACAACAUUAGAAGAAAUAUUUUUAAAAGUAACAAGUGAUGCAAAUGAGAAAACAAAAGAAGAAGAAUGUUCAGAAAGUAUUACUGGAAAUCAUAUAGAUUCUAAUAAUCAAUAUAACAAUAUAAAAGGGAUCAACCUAACCAUUGAAGAAUUCAACUGUUGCCAAUCACUUAGGAACUUCAGCAUAUUUAAAUCUCACCAAGAGAAUAAAACUAAAAGUAUUAGUAAUGCAGAUGACUCAGCUGUACGCCAGAGGCUCACAGAUGGAGUCAACAAUGAUCAAAAUCAAGAUCCUGUUCUUCCUCCACCUACAAUUGCUGCAAGCAAAAAAUUUACGGGUACUUCAUUGAUUCGAAGGCAGCUUGCUGCACUACAUAUCAGACGUUUUCAUCACUCAAGGAGAAACUACAAAGGUUUAUGUUGUGAAAUUGUUUUGCCUGCUUUAUUUGUUUGUUUGGCUCUCCUUUUGACAUUAGCAAUUCCUCCAAUGAUGGAUGAACCACCAUUAGAACUCAAUCCUUGGCUGUAUGAUCCACCAAAUUAUGUAUUUUUCAGCAAUGAAGAUUCAAGGAAUCCUAUCACACGAAAAUAUGUAGACACUCUUCUUUCACCACCUGGCUUAGGAGAUCGCUGUGUAGAAGCAAAAUCACAUAAACGACUGCCAUGUGAGCCUCUUCCAUUUAAUAGAUCAGAAUUAUUACCAACAUAUAAUUUUAGUUUAGCUAAUAGAGUAAUUCAAUGUAAAUGUGAAAUUGGAACUAUGCAAUGUCCUGUUGGACUUCCUCCUGAUCCUCCGCAAGUUCAGACAACUGCUACAGAUAUUUUACUAAAUGCAACAGGACGUAACAUUUCUGAUUGGAUAAUGAAAACUUGGAGAAAAUAUCAUAAGAAAAGAUACGGAGGAUUUACUUUUGGAUUUAAAGAUCCCGUAUCGAAAGUUGAUUUCACGCUAGCCCACAAUGCAGUGGAUCGACUUACAUCUGGUUGGAUCCAAGAUACUCAGAAAGAUACUAUUCAUAAUAUUUUGAACAUGAUUGAAGGAAAAAUACAUAGCAUUGGAAUGUCAGAUAAUGUUAAAGUUUGGUUUAACAAUAGAGGAUGGGCAGCUUCAGUAGGAUAUAUGAAUGCACUCAACAAUAUUUUGUUAAGAGCCAAUCUUCCUCCAGGUCAAAAUCAUAAAUAUUAUGGAAUAUCAGUCAUCAAUCACCCAAUGAAUUUUACUCAAGAUCAAUUACAAGUAGAAGUGCUGGAAAGAAGUGGUUUGAGUCUACUUCAUGCAGUUUGUGUAAUAUUUGCAAUGUCUUUUGUCACUGCUAGUUUUGUAAUGUUUCUAAUUGAAGACAGGAUAACUGGAUCGAAACAUUUGCAGUUUGUCAGUGGGGUAAAACCAUUUAUUUAUUGGAUUGGAGCAUAUACAUGGGAUUUGUGUAAUUAUCUGGUUCCAGCUGCUUUGAUUAUCAUCAUUUUUGUUGUCUUUCGUGAAGAAGCUUAUGUUUCAAGAAAUAAUAUCUCUGGAUUAGUACUCCUAUUGUUUUUAUAUGGCUGGGCAAGCAUACCUUUAAUCUAUCCAGCUUCAUAUGUAUUCAGUGUUCCAAGUUCUGCUUUUGUUGCAUUAGCUUGUCUGAAUUUAUUUAUUGGCAUUGUUUCAACUUUAUCAACUUAUGUUUUGGAAUUGUUUAAUGAUGAUGAACUACUUACGAUAGCUGGAAUCCUCCGGAAAGUAUUUUUAAUAUUUCCUCAUUAUUGCCUUGGACGAGGAUUAAUGGACAUGUUUACUAAUCAGUUGACAGUGGAAAUGCUAGCCCGAUUUGGUAGUUUAAACAUGCCAAAUUUCAUUCCUGAUGCAGAAGAAGAUGAUGUUGCCAUGGAAAGGUCAAGAGUUCUCUCUGGUCACACAAAUAAUGCUGUUUUAAGAAUGGAAAAUCUUACUAAAAUUUACAAAAGUGGACAACAUCCAGCAGUUAAUCAUCUUUGUAUGGCAGUUCAGGCUGGGGAAUGUUUUGGUUUACUUGGAGUUAAUGGUGCGGGUAAGACGACAACUUUCAAGAUGUUAACUGGAAACACAAGCAUUACUGGUGGUAAUGCCUACAUUAGUGGUCACAGCAUAAAAACAGAUAUAGAUAAAGCAAGGCAGAAUAUUGGUUACUGUCCACAGUUUGAUGCACUGGAUUCUUUACUUACUGGUUGGGAACAUUUAGAAUUUUAUGCUCGUCUGCGAGGUAUACCUGAAAAAUAUGUGCAGAAAGUUGCAAGUUGGGGCAUUCAGAAACUUGGUUUGACAUCUUAUGCCACUCGUUGUGCUGGAACAUAUUCGGGAGGCAACAAACGAAAACUGUCAACUGCAUUAGCAUUAAUUGGCAAUCCUUCUGUUAUAUUUUUGGAUGAACCAACAACCGGAAUGGAUCCAAAGGCACGAAGGUUUUUAUGGAAUUGUAUUAUUGAUUUAGUAAAGGAGGGCCACUCUGUAAUUCUAACAUCUCAUAGUAUGGAAGAAUGUGAAGCAUUGUGCACACGUUUGGCUAUUAUGGUUAAUGGACAGUUCAGAUGUUUAGGGAGCAUACAACAUCUCAAAAAUAAAUAUGGUGCAGGAUAUACACUAACAUUAAGAGUAGGAGGUGAACUUUCUAAUAUGAGAGAAGUUGCAUCUUAUAUUGAAAAAACAUUUGGAUCAAUGGCAGUUCUUCAAGAGCAACAUCUGAAUCAAAUGGAAUAUCAGCUAGCACCAACUCUCUCUCUUUCUCAUGUAUUUAAAGAAUUAAAAAAUGCCACUAGGCUACUUGAAAUAGAGGAUUAUUCAAUUUCACAAACAACUCUAGAUCAGGUUUUCAUCAGUUUUGCUAAAAUGCAAGCAGAUGUCAGUGAAGAACUACCACAAACAACUUUUCAAUGCAUCUUCAAGAAUGGAGUUACAUUAAAUAAGAAGAAGAAAAGUGGCCAAGGAAACAACAAAAUUACACAGCAAGCAGGAGAUAUCGAGCUGUUCAUCCGAAGACCAAAUCCCAACAUACCACCCGAGCUAGUGUGAAUAAGUGACUUGCCAAGUUGUUUUGUUUCAUAUUCAUACAUUCACUCAGGACCUAAAUAUCUUGGACAUGUGAAUAUCCAAAUGCCAUUAACCCAAUUCAACAUGAUCUUUUUUAUUUUAUAAUUCAGUUGAGGCAUUUAGUGAAAUUUAUAUUUAUUAAAUAAUGCAUUUCACAGUUGAAACAUCAUCUCCCAAAUCAAAGUUUCACUUCCUAUAUUUUACAGAACUGUUCCUAGCACAUUUAUCAGGCUACUACCUAUUUUUACAAUGUUAGAUUACAGAAAAGUAUUUAUUAUUAAUAUACAGAAAACUAUUUUUUAAAUCAUGCCCCCCAAAAAAAUAUCAAAUUUGAUCUUUGGCUAUCUCUAAUUGAUAAUUUAAGAGUUGCCAGCUAAAAUUAAACGAAGCUUGCCAAUGUAAUAAUUUAUACAUACACACAACAGUAUAUAAAUUCCAGUUUUUGGUACACGAAACUGGAUGUAAAAGUUUCCUGUGAUACUUUCGUUUUCACACUCCCGGUAGGCUUAUCCUACUGUGUAUAUGUACAUAAUUUUGUUUAUUGAUCUGAUUUCUUUUAGACAAUUGUAUACGUGCAUAUUAUUUUUUUAGGCAGUUGUUUUUUGUCUUCCACAUCAUGCCAAGUUCCCAAAUUGUGGUAGGCAUCGAGUCGGAAGAGUUGGAAUGUAGAUAACCUUGCGCGUUUCAGUUUAGUUCAUGUCACCAUCAUCCUGUUCAUUGUAAUAUAAUUAAACACAUUGUUAUAUGACAGAUCUUAUUCAAAGUUGUAAAAUUUUUAAAAAAGUAUUUCCAUUAUAUUCCUGGAGAAAAGAAAAAGAACUAUUUUAUUACCAUGUUUGUUUAGUGAUAGUUUAGUUCCGAUUGUUGAUUGUACAUUUAUUGAAACGGGAAUCUUUCCUCCACAGAGGACGUAGUCAGUUUUAUUUUGUGUGCUAGAUACAUUCCACGUGCAUUGGCACAUCUCUAGCUUUGGAGAAUAAACCCUGUUCUUUCUUUUAAUAUUUACAUCCCUUUGGAAGGGCAUUUGUAUUUGUUUUAUUUUAUGUAGUAGUCAAAUUAAUUGCGUCAUGCAUGUGUCUGUGAUUUUUAAGUGAUACUGUCAUAAUAUAUUUAGUAUUUUCCUCAAAUUGCUGCAUUUGCUUUCACUACGGGUUUCAGACAUUCUGUCGGCAGUUCAGAAUAAGAGAUUGGUCUCUGAUGUGUUUAGAAUUUUGAUGCAUGUCACACAAACGUUUGAAAAAAAAUCUCAAAGUUUUCAGAAUCCUCACUUUUUAUUUUUAAAUAUUGGUAGCACUUGCGUGCAAUUAUAAUUAAAUUGUUUUUGAGUGAUAUAUUGUGAUCUUAUUUAUCAUAAAA